CACACACACUGCUGAGGCUAUUUUUGUCUCCAGGCUCCAUGAGUGCAGGAUUGGUGGGAUGGCCCCUAGGGGCGCAGCACCACACUAACUGAUUGGCAACUUCAGCUGUCUCUCGGCGCGGGGGACAGGGAAGUUGGUUUCCAGCUUCUUGCUGAGCUCAUAUUUGGACCGAAAUAGCACUGGCCAGCACUGUAGGCUGCAAGUCUUUGGUUUCCAAACGCAGAGUGGAAAAGCCUGUAAAAGAAGUGAUGUGUGAGAGGCAGCAGGGCCUGAUGCAGCAGGCCUUGUUUCACAAGAAAGGGGGUGACAGUGACAGUGACACUGUGAGCUGCAGCAACACCUCCAGCUGGUCCACUCCCUCCAAACUGUGCUGUGGCUCUAACAGUCCACAAUGCUCAUCUGACUGUGAAGGCCAAGCUGAUUCGCUCACAGACGAGACCCCAGAGGUCAAGUCAUCAAACAAGAUGCAAGGAUCAAAACAAUCUUGGAGAAAGAAGAUAAAAAAAGGCCAAAGGGCCUACAAACAGAAGACAAACUACACUGCGCGCUGCCAAGUCCUGAAGCUGCCUCCGAUUCAGCCCCUGCUGGUUUCAAAGCAGAGGAUCCAGUCUGCCACCUUCUGCACCAAGGAGCUUGAGAGUCAGGUGUGGGAUCUGCAGCAGCAGCUGAGGGAGGCCCGGACUGAGAACAAACUGCUGAAGAGGGUCCAGCAUCGCCACACUGUGGCACUGCAGCGCCUCCAAGACUUAGAGGGCAGUAUUUCCCGGAUCCUCACCAAGCGCAACAAUGAGACUCGAGUCCUGCAGGGGCUGCUCCAUGAGACCCGCGCCUGCCGUGACCACCUGGCAUGGCAGCUACAGGCCAGAGAGAACAAGCUGCUGAGCCCAAAUGCCACUCUCCAGCACCUGCAGCUACUCAACCAGGAUCACAGCCUGCUGGAGAGGGAGGAGCUCACCCUUAUGUUGGCCAUGCUGGAGGAGAAGGACAAGGGGAUACUGGACUUUGAGAAGCAUCUGAAGUUGUGCCAAGCCUCAUUCAAUCGCCAAAUAGUCACUAAACAGAGAAAGAUCAACGAGGCGAGAAAGAUUUCCUGCUAUCUACAAGAGCAGAUAUAUCAGCUAACCAAGGAAAUUCAAUGUUGCUACAAUCUAGUGCAGGAGUCUUUGGAAAUUGAAAAUCAAGAGACAGAGGAUUCGUCAAAUUUCACGUUAGAAGAGAAUGGCCCAGAGGAGGCAGACACCAGUGAGCAAAACAGUUCUUCAGAAAAGGGGCAGGAACAUCAAAGUGAGGAAGACUGUGCAGAAGCAAAGGAGGCAUCAGAGGCAUUAGAGACCCCACUGGUGUUAGAGAAAAAGCAGGAAACAGAGGAACAUGAAAGCGAGGUGCCCAACAUUUCGGAAAAGUCUCUGAAUACAACUGAACCUACAAGAAAAGGAUACAAGCUCCGCAAAAUCAAACGCAACUACACCUUCAGGCAAACUACUGAGAACCUGCACAGUGCAAGACCUGCCGACAGCUGUCUGGACAUGAGUCCCCGUGAGGGCACCAAGAGCCUGACAUGGCUGGUGGUCCCCAGCAGCGGGAUUUGUGAUCUUUGUAUUGCAAGCUGACCAGCUGGGAAAUCCGGUAGAAGUGGAGUAGGCAGUCCAAAAGAUCAAGUGCAAACUGAUAAGGAGCCGAUAGGAAUCUUUUGAGGAUAAUGUUUCACUGUAGUGGAAGCGGACCGGGAAUUUCUCAUGCUUUUGGUCGCUAAUGUAUUUCCCUGAAUAAAUUAUUUUCUGACAUGAGAGCUACACACAGUCCAUUGUGGUUUACCUACUUUAUUUUAAUCCAUUACAGUUGUACUUCAAGAAAACUACCUGGCAUCUUUUUAUUGGUCAACUCC